UUGUCUUCGUGUAAUACUGCUAUCCUCAUAAUGUGCAAGGCAUUCAGUUUAGUGUUUGGAUUGAAGUCCAAUCAAACUGCUGAAGGCAACUAACGAGAUCGCAGAGCGUUUGUUUGCAAUCUUUUCAUGCUGUGUUAACCAAUUAUCGAUGCAAUGAUGCAUAUGCUGUAUUAUUUUUUGAGAGAAUGGUGUUCAGACUUCAGAUUCGGAUGGAAUAUCAGUAGGUUUGGUACAUGCUCAAUCAGAAUUUCUGUGUCAUGAACUAGAGCCUUCCCAACAGCAAACAGAUACAUAAAUAAAAGACUUAUAUGUACCUUACUCUUCAUAUGAUCAUGCACCUAAUUUGUUUGUUUUCUUAAAAUGUGAGUUUAGACUUAACACGAUCGAUUAGUACAAAGCGAGUUGAAUCGUGCGGUCCUGAUUUACGAGCAAACAAUGUCGUGUCGAAAUUAAGACAGUUCGUACAUACUUAUGUGAGUUAGUCAUCCCUCGUUUUAGUCUCAAAUCUCAACUAUUAUAUGAUUCAAUUGUCUGCACACCUAACAUGAAUGAUUGAGAUCUAGAGCAUCAUGAAUCCACAUCCACAAAUAUUGAGAACAUGGAUCCAAAUUACAUGCUGUAGUAUGGCAAAGCUGAUAGGAAUGUCAAUCAGAUCAUGUCAAGAAAGUAUUAAUGAAUUUGCUGUUGUAAAAAGAAUGACAAUUCUGGUCAAUCAGGCUUACAAACACAGGACCCUACACGCUUUAACAUCUUUGCAUAUUGCAUCAGCCAACAUAUGCAUCUACACUUCUCAAUUUCCAACCCGGCCUUAUCUCUUAUCUAAGCCACUCUUGAUAUAUAUCAUCAAUUCUACAAUGCAAGUUAUGCAACUCCUCUAGCUCUUUUUCUGUAGCCUGAAUAGUUAAACCUAGCUCCUUCAUGUUGGGUUUCUUUCAUAGUAGUACCUGAAAGAUAUCACUACUUUACCAAACAGAGAUUGCUCUUGCAAAGCUUCUAGUGUUGGGUCUUUUUCAUUUUUUUCCUUUUGUAGUUUUGUGCUACUGGCCUAUCUGGUUCUCCCCAGCCUCUAGAGACCAGAUUCUCAUUUCUGUUUUGGGUGCCUUCUUUUUGUUGCAUUGAUCUAUUGCGAAAUAGUUCGAGUUCUCCAUGGCUAUGGUUAGCUCUAACAUCCGAGACGCCUCGUUUUCUUCAUACUUGGGUACUAAUGAGGAAACCUUUCUACGUAAACUCGGUGAUCAGAAGUCAGGCCAACAGAACCUCAGUCCUUCCAAGGGAGAUCAGCAUAAGCGCUUGGGAACUAGAAAGAAGGAAGAAGAGGAAGAAAUUGGAGUGUUUGGUGCUGAAAAGUACUUCAAUGGAGUGAUGGACGAUAAUAGCUCAAAAAGUUCAGGCAGCACGUGUAGCUCAAGGAAGUUCUAUGUUCAGCAGCAGCGAGUCAAUCUAGAUCACAUGAAGCUGAAGGUACAACAGCAUGGAACUCCGAGUGUUCGUUCAGAAGCAAGUUGCAACAGCCAGAGUGCACUGCUGACAAGUGGUUCGAGAAAGCCGAAAAGGACUAGCAAGACAAGCAGCAACAAGGCACAGAGGAAGAGCUUCUUUGCAGCUCUUGGUUGUUCAUGUAAUGAUAAGAAUUCUGUUGAUAUUAAUGAAGAGCAUGCUGGUGAGAUCAGCUUCAAGCAGAAUGGUGCCAACUCUGGGAUCACAACACCCCACAUUAAACAAAGUCUGGACCUUGUUAGUGAAGCUCUAGUCAAAAUUAAGCAACAACCGGAUUCAUGGGUGAAGGAGGAGAUAAAAAUGAACAACGAAAAGAUCGAGAAGUUGGGAACUGGUUUGAACAGAGAAAAUUGUUUUGCAUUCCCUGAUUCAAAAUCCGCAGCGGAGAGUAACUUGCCCAUCAAGAUUCCUACCUUACAAGAAAUGGAAAAUGAGAAAGUGAGGAAGUCUAUAGAGGUAUUUGGUUCUCCUGUGUUGGAAAAGAGGAAAACGGCUUUAGGCCUUGAGAAAAGGUUAACUAUGCUGUCCUGGGAUGCUGAGUUUCCUGCAGCAAAAUCAGGUGGAACCUACACUCAUGAGUCAGACAGUGAUGCAAGUUCAGACCUGUUUGAGAUUGAGAGCCUCACAGGGAAGAACAACCCUUUUCUGGCAAGGCAAGCAUCAGAUGGUUGUGCCACCCCCACACAUUGUUAUGCGCCGAGUGAGGCAAGCAUAGAGUGGAGUGUGGCCACUGCCAGUGCUGCAGAUUUCGGCUCUGCCAUGUCAGAUUGUGAAGACUUUGUCAGGCCAAGUCCAACCAACACCACAAGUGCCAAAGGAGCUAGAAUGAGCAAAGGCAUGGUGCCAAUUAGGCACCGUUCUACUGUUCUGCUAGGCUGCAAGAGCCAGAAAGCAGUGAAAGUGGCAACACAUGCGCACAGACCAUGCAACCAGAAGACCAUUAUUGACCCACAGAUGACGCCUCGCAAGCCAGAAAUGUCAUUCAUGCCAUCAACAAGGUUUCAAGCUGAGACAACCUCUAAGUUGACAGGUUUCGACCCCAGAGUACAAGGGCAACAUGCACUUGCUCCACGGUCGCUCCCUCGCGCACGUUCACCACAUGCUUCUCAUCUUUUGUUCAUGCAGUAGGGAUCUAGACUAGUUCUUAAGCUAGUAUUUGAUCAUAUUAAUUGUUCCCCACCAUGUUUGAUCACAAUACUGGUUGAUUAAUUCCAAAGAGUUGCUUCUUCAAUAGUGUUCAUUAUGCAACUCUCUUUUUACUCAUCAGAAGUAACUAAGCUCGAAGUUUCAAUGCAUGUAAUACUAAUAAGUUUCAUGAUGCUGCAUCCUUUUCCUUAUCAUUUUUUCUCAUCAGAAGUGA